CAGUGGCCCUAAUGAACAUCCGGGUUUCCCCGCUGGCACGGCUGUUGUUCGGCUCUCAGGAGCCAUUUUGGAAGCUGUUCAGCUUUUCGCAUGUCUGUCCCUUUACUGCCCCUCACCAACUGCCCCAGCAGCAGUAGCAGUAGCACGCGGAGGGGGAAAAUCACAGUGGAGCGUUUUGUUUCUACCCCAGGCGUUCACCAAACUCAAGCUUCUACCAAAAGCCCGUCAAUGCUACCGGGCCAGAAUGAAAUGUUGGAUGUUUGUGGCAUCAGGAACUUUAAUUCAGUGGAUCGCGCUUGUGGUGGAGACAUUGCGUUUUAAUUUUGAACGGGAGGUUUUGUUAUUGUAGCGGCGAGGGAUUGCGCGCAGGCCUCUUCGCGUUCACGCGUUUGCGCGCACGUUUCUUUUCGUUUUUAAAUGCUUUCACAGCCUAAAUGACAAUAUUUAUCUCCAGGAUCCUUAAGGAAGGAAUAUGUUUGUUCCCUGGCUGAUUUUUACACUCAUCUGGGCAAGCUGGUGUACAGGAGCGAGUCAGGGCGAGGUGGCGACAAGAGAGUGCGUCUACUACAAUGAUAACUGGCGGACGGAGAAAACCAAUCAGAGCGGUUUUGAGAGAUGUGAGGGUGAGAAAGACAAGAGGCUUCACUGUUACGCCUCCUGGAUAAACUCUACUGGAACCAUCCGCCUGGUCAAGAAAGGCUGCUGGCUUGAUGAUUUCAACUGUUAUGACAGACAGGAGUGUGUGGCUACAGAGGAGAAUCCACAGGUCUUCUUCUGUUGCUGUGAGGGAAACUAUUGCAAUGAGAGAUUCACACACCUUCCUGAAGCCAUCAGCCCUGCAGUAAAGAUUCAGCCACCACAACCAGGUCCACCUCUGUUAGCUGUGCUGGUUUAUUCUCUUCUUCCUCUGGCCAUUCUCACUCUGACCCUGCUGCUCGCCUGCUGGACGUACCACCAACGAAAACCCCCUUAUAGACACGUCGACCUCAGCCAGGAUGCUGGUCUUCCUCCACCAUCUCCUCUGGUUGGACUGAAACCGUUGCAGUUACUGGAGAUGAAAGCCAGGGGGCGCUUCGGCUGCGUGUGGAAGGCCCAGUUACUGAGUGAAUAUGUGGCGGUGAAGAUAUUUCCUAUUCAGGACAAGCAGUCAUGGCAGAAUGAAAGAGACAUUUACCUCACAGAGGGUUUUAAACAUGAGAAUGUUCUUCACUUCAUCUCGGCAGAGAAACGCGGCACCAACCUGCAGAUGGAGUUGUGGUUGAUCACAGAAUUCCAUGAAAGGGGUUCGCUUACAGAUUAUCUGAAGGGGAACCCGGUGAGCUGGUCUCAGUUAUGUCACAUCGCAGCCACCAUGGCUCGGGGUCUGGCACACCUUCACGAAGAUCUUCCUUACAGAGCCGAGGGACCUAAACCAGCCAUUGCACACAGAGAUUUCAAGAGCAAGAACGUUCUGCUCAAGAUGGAUUUAACAGCUGUGAUCGCAGAUUUCGGCUUGGCUGUUCGAUUUGAGCCAGGAAAACUGCCCGGAGAUACACAUGGUCAGGUUGGAACACGGCGUUACAUGGCCCCAGAAGUGCUGGAAGGAGCCAUUAACUUCCAGAGAGAUGCUUUCCUGAGGAUCGACAUGUACGCUUUAGGACUGGUGAUCUGGGAGCUCAUGUCUCGCUGCACGGCCGCCGAUAGUCCUGUGGGGGAAUAUCAGCUGCCAUUUGAGGAAGAAGUCGGCCAGCACCCAUCACUCGAGGACCUUCAAGACGUAGUGGUGCAUAAGAAGAUGCGACCUGUCUUUAAAGACUGUUGGAUCAAACAUCCGGGUUUGGGCCAGUUAUGCGAGACCGUUGAAGAGUGUUGGGACCACGACGCCGAGGCUCGACUGUCUGCGGGUUGCGUAGAGGAGCGCAUCUCAACCAUCACCAGGGCAUGUAACACCAUCAACACUUCUACCUCAGAGUGCCUGGUCUCAAUGGUUACAUCUGACAGCGACACGGACCUUCCACCCAAAGAAUCCAGUACAUAAAUACUGACCUUUGAACCAGGAGCAAACAUCAGGGACUGCGAAUCGACAGACGUAUUACAACCUCUCCAGUAAUGUGAACUUUGCUGCUAAUGUGAUGUUUUUUGGAAUUUUUAUUUCACACGCCGUUGGAUUGGUUUCACCAGCAGCGCGUUCAUCUACUGAAUUCUUCCUGAAGGAAGGCACAAAAAACCUCAAACGUAUGAAGACUUUCAGAGGGCAUUGUUUCAGACUGCUGGGAUUAUGAGCAAGUUACCUCAUCGAUUUUAAUGCCAUUAUUAUGUUGUUUUUGCCUGCACUCCAUGAAUACCUCUUUUUCAAAUACUGUCACUACCGUGACCUACAACAGCCCUAAACUACGAAACAAGACUGUUACAUAAAACCCAACCUUCCAAGAGCACAAGAUUUCUUUCUUACUCAGUGAAGUUUUAGCGUAGUUUUAUUGCUGUUAAAUAUACCUAUUAAGCCAUUUUUUUGGGGGGGGGUUGUUUUUAGUUUUUUUUUGUUGGCAGUCGUCUGGGACACUGGAAGCUGAGAGGCAGCGGGUCUGUUUUAGAGUUAGCGCGACGUCGCCUUUAGCAGUUGCUGGCAUUGAUUUUAAAGUAGCGUUCACCUCGUAUGUUGCGAUCGGUAAAGACUUCCUGAGGCUUGUCACUGGUGGCGAGUUUUACCGUAUUUAUUUGGUCGGCCGUUGACUCGCAAGCGAUUUCUGGUAGGGCGUCUGAAGGUUUUAUAGAUGUUUUGUAUUUCAGUACCGGUUACGUUUCAGUAUAUUGACAAGAGCUGCAGUCGACAUGUAUUUUCUGCGGCCGCAUCAAGCUCGGCUAACUUUCAUUUCAGUCACAACUGAUGUAUUUGUGUAUCAGGAAAGUGUUGUUGUUUAUCCAGUGCACUACUCAGGUAAAUUUUUUUGUUUGUGAUUGUGACCUCUUUACAGCAAUAGUUCUCAGUAUAUAAAUCUGAAAUUUCACUCUUAAAUCGAAAGAAACACAUUUUAUUUAUAAAAUAAGACUUAUAUGUAAAUGAUGCCUUUUCAGGACCUUACAUUUUUGCAUUGUGAAGACAAGGGAUAGUUGAAAAAUGAAUUUCUCAAGUUUUUACAAACCUGUAUACAUUUCUUUGUUCUGCUGAACACAAAUGAGAUAUUUCGAGGGAUGCUUGUAACCAAGCAAAUCUGGGACACCAUUGUCUUUCAUUGUAAGAAGAAAUAGUCCUAUGGAAAUGAAUGGUGCCCCAGAUCUGUUUGGUUAUAAACUUUUUUUUAUAUGUUCCUGGCGUUUAGCAGAACAAAGAAAUAAUGCUGCCUCACGAUUAGUCGCGACUAAUCAUUUGCAGAAUAAAAGUUUUUGUUUACAUAAUAUAUGUUGGUGUACUGUAUAUAAUAAUUAUGUAUAAAUUCAAACACACACAUGCAUGUAUAUAUUUAAGAAAUAUCCGCAUGUGUAUAUAAAGUUUUAUAUUUAUAUAUAAUUUAAAUUAUAUAUAAAUAUAAAUAUUUAUUAAAUAAAUCUAUGUUUUUCUUUAAAUUAUACAUGCAUGUGUAUGUAUUUAUUUAUACAUAAUUAUUAUACACAGUACUUCAACAUAUAUUAUGUAAACAAAAACUUUUAUUCUGCAAACGAUUAAGCACUACAAAGAAAUGUAUACAGGUUUACAUAAACGAUUACACAAUGUUCUUUUUCGGUGAACUAUCCCUUUAAAUUAAGGUUGCGUUUGUUUACAUUAAUAGCUGACAUGAUCGAACAAUGUACGAUACUUUUACAGCAUCUUAAUUUCAGCAUUUACUGAUGCAUUUUUAAAAUCAAAAGCUAUCUAUAUUAGUUCAUGUUAGCUCGAAUGCAUUUACUAAAGUUAGCAAAUGCCACCUUAUUGUAAAGUGUUACUAAAAUUUGAAUGGUCCUUUAAUUUUUUUGAAAUUAGAUAGUGAAGAAGACGUUUCUAGAGGCAGUUUUCAUGAGAUUUCCCCUGAACGUGCGUGAACGGUGAAGAAAAUGAUUUCUUGCAAUAAUUUUACUGUUGCAACCGACUGAAUGUCUGUAGUUCAGUGAUCGGUGCUGUGAAACUGUUUAUUCAUCUCAUUGAACCUCUCAGUAUUGUGAACUUUGCAUUGUUCAUAAACAGGCAGCUUUCAUCGAUUUCUUUAAUGAUAAUGCUAAAACAAUCACUGAAUCGCAAGCGUCAUAUACUCAGUGAUUAGAUAUACCUCAGAUAUUGUGACCUUUUUUAUUUUAAUAAAGUAUUUUAUUCUGUUUUGUGGUAGCAAUAUAAUUUAAUAUAAGCUGCUUUUUGUGAUUUUAAAGAGAUUUUUUUGUCGUCUAAUGUUUAUUUUUAACAGAAGGUGCUCUAUUUGAUUGCCAGGUGCUCGUGCGUUUCAUGAAGUCUUUGCUCUGAAUGAAGCAUUAUAUAUAUUAGUUGUCUGACUUCAGAGUAACUCUUUCAUUAAUUUCUCUGAAGACAUGCAGGUUUUCCUCAGCAUUUGUUUGUUUGUGUGGUACAUGUAUCUUCACUUACUUCCAUCUUAGCAAUGUAUUAAGUUGGACUUCUCUAUUAUCAAAUCAGGGAUUUGAAAUGUAAUUAAAGUAUUGCAGUGCAAGUGGUGCAAAGUUAGUUUAAGCCAAACUCUGUAUUUUAUCAGGUGUUGAUGAAUGAUUCAUCUUUUAUUGUAUAUAAGUUCAUUAAAACAGUUAACCGAUGUAGUUGAAAGCAUCUUUUACCCUUAAACUUGAUAUAUUUCUGUACGUUCUACAUCAAGCCCGAAAAAGUGGUGAUGUUAUCGGACUACCCGAGUAGGUUUCCCAUCAUCCUAAGCCAUCCCGGUCCAGACGUGGAAUGGAUUUUCAUUUAGGAGAUGGAGAACUUGAUUUUGAUUUUUACUGCUGCUAAUGUAGUAAAUUACAUUGUGUUGCCCCUGUAUAUGGGUCAUUUCGGAUUCGGCUGCCAUGUUCAGUAUUUUCUUGAAUUAAACAUUAACUAUGUUUAUCAUG